AUGGACUUUUCUUCCCUCAACUCUGCCGAGCAGGCGCACAUGACGCGCGUUAUCGAGCGCAAGCAGAUGCAAGACUUCAUGCGCCUCUACAACAACCUGGUGGACCGCUGCUUCAACGCAUGCGUGAACGACUUCACGAGCAAGGCGCUCUCGUCAAAAGAGGAACAAUGCGUCCUCAACUGCACGGACAAGUUCUUCAAGCACUCGGAGCGGGUGGGGCUGCGGUUUGCGGAGCAGAACUCCGAGAUAAUGGGACAAGGCGGGAGCUCUUAA